AUGUUUCCUUUGUUCCUCGGGCGAGCGCCUGGCUCCUGGCUCGCGCUGAGGAUGAGAUGCUGUGGAGAUGGCUGGCCUGCACCUCCGGCUGGGCCUUGCGAGCGCCGGGGAGCCGAGGAGUUCCGGGUCGCUGGGCCCAAGGCCUGGAGCCCGGCAGGCCACGAGCGCCUCAACGACAUCGCCCAGCGCCUGCUCCAUGGCAAGCACCGAGACCAGAUCCGCACCAUGAUGCACUCGGAUGUGGUGAACAUUGGGAACUGGGAGAGCGUCAUGGACGGCAAGUACCCGGAGACCAAGGUGCUUCACUGGCACCACCAGGAGCCUGAGUGGGCCUGCGGGCAGAGAGACGUGCAGAAGACGGACCACAUCCGAUGCGACGGCCACGGGGCAAAGCGGGGGUCGCUCUUUUGUGCCCUGGCCUUCUUUUUUGAGCACUUUGCGGACGAGAUGUUGUUGAAGGAGUAUCCUGCGCCAAAGACGCCCAUCGGCACUCCGAAAGCCAUCUCCGCAUUCGCCAAGGUGGACAUUGAGGACUUGGGGGACGGCAAGAAAAACCGGAGCAACCAGAAGGCGGCCUUCUACUUGAGGUGGCUGGCUACACUGGUGGGUGACUUGCAUCAGCCCCUGCAUUGGCUGGCCGAGAAGCAGUAUGGAGAGGAGGUGAAGCUGCAGUUCAGAGGUCAGGAGUACAGCCUUCUGAAGUUCUGGGAGGAGUUUCUGCCAAAGAACCUGCCGGACAUUCCGAACCUCUCCACUUUGGAUCUGGAAUACAAGGCCCAGCACCACGAGUGGGGGAACCACUUGCCUCCGGAGCUCUUCCGACAGUGGGCUGGGGAGAUGUCGGACAAGGUGUGUAACGACAUCUACGGCCCCAUGUACGUGAACCACGCGGAUGGCAGCCGCAGCAUCGAGUCGCCUUUCCAGCUUACUGAGGAGCUCUUUUCCCGGUGGCAGAAGUUGGCGGAGGUCAUGAUCCAGGAGGGAGGCGAGCGAUUAGCGCUGGUCUUCCUGGACAUCCUGGAGCACAAGAAGCACAAGGCGGCUCAAAACGAGGGUCGCGGAUUGCUGCCGCCCUUGUUGGACUCGGUGCCGCCGGCGAGCGUGGCGAGUGUUGUGGCAGGCGCCAGCUCGCCCCACACGGUGCCCGCGCCGGUGCAGGGCAAGUCUUCGCACAUUUCCGCGACAUCUCAAGUGAGGUUGCUCCAUGGGCUCCACAGGGCUCGCAGAAGAAGGGCCUGGCGGAAUCUUCUGACCAACGCCGUGAUCGGGGCAGUCGUCGUCCCGCUGCUGCUUUUUGGUUUUCACAUGCACAGCAGGGCGCCUACUGCUCUAUCCAAGAUGCUCUUCAAGAAGGACAACACGUGA